UUAUUCUCUGCUAGUGCGUCUAGGUUUGGAGUUUAGACCGGUUUCACUUCAUCUCGAGUCCGGAGUAUGUGCUUUCUGUGCUGUGCAUCAUAUGAACAUUGUCUGAAAAUACAGGGAUGACUGUGUAGGAGACCUCAGUUUCUGGGGAACAAUAAUCUUUUGGAUUUGCCAAUAUGCCUGAACUCACAGAAAAAGUCACAAAAACUCUGAAUAAGACCACCCCAGGACUGCAAAUAUGGAGGAUCGAGAGCAUGGAUAUGGUUCCUGUACCAGAAAAGUCCUUUGGGAAUUUUUUCGAUGGAGAUUGUUAUGUUCUCCUGAAGACCCAUAAAACUGGAAAUAAUUUCACCUAUGAUAUCCAUUUCUGGGUUGGGAACAAUUCCUCAAUGGACGAGCAAGGAGCGGCCGCCAUUUAUACCAUCCAAAUGGAUGACCACCUUGGGGGUGUAGCCAUCCAACAUCGAGAAGCUCAGGGCUACGAGAGUGACACUUUCAAAGGCUACUUCAAACAGGGUAUUGUUUAUAAGAGUGGUGGAGUUGCUUCUGGAAUGAAACAAGUGGAAACCAACACAUAUAACAUCAAGCGUCUUCUACACGUCAAGGGAACUAAGAAUGUUUUGGCCGGAGAGGUUGCAGUUGAAUGGAGUAGUUUUAAUCGAGGAGACGUUUUUCUCCUGGACCUGGGGAAAGCGAUCGUUCAGUGGAAUGGACCAGAAAGCAACAAAAUGGAAAGACUGAGGGGUAUGAAUCUGGCCAAGGAUAUACGUGACCGUGAACGUGGUGGGCGUGCGCAGGUGUAUGUGGUGGAAGGAGACAACGAGGCAGCUACCCCACAGCUCGUGGAGCUUCUAUACAAAGUGCUGGGAGAGCGGAGGGGAGAAAUCAAGCAAUCCAUUGCAGAUGACGUGGUGGAUAAUAUUGCCAAAACCGCUAUUAAGCUCUAUCAAGUUUCAGAUUCAAGUGGCAAUCUUAUGGUGCAAGAAGUGGCAACCCAACCCUUGACCCAGGAUUUAUUGAACCAAGAUGACUGCUACAUACUAGACCAGUCAGGCAUCAAGAUCUUUGUAUGGAAGGGAAAGAAUGCCUCAAAGGAAGAGAGGCAGCAAGCCAUGACCCGUGCCUUGAAUUUUAUCAGAGCCAAGAACUACCCUGCGUCCACCAACGUCGAGGUACAAAAUGAUGGAGCUGAGUCAGCUGUGUUCAAACAACUCUUUCAGAAAUGGACCACAAAGGAUCAGACUGUAGGACUGGGGAAGACUAGCACUGUUGGUAAAGUGGCCAAAGUAGAACAAGUGAAGUUUGAUGCCAGCAGUAUGCACGCCCAGCCACAGGUAGCUGCACAACAGAAAAUGGUGGACGAUGGAUCCGGUGAAGCAGAAGUCUGGAGAAUAGAGAAUUUGGAGCUGGCUCCUGUAGAAAGGCAAUGGAUUGGACAUUUCUAUGGAGGAGACUGUUACCUGAUUCUUUACAAAUAUCUUGUCAAUAACAAGUAUCACUACAUUAUCUAUGUAUGGCAGGGUCGGCAUGCAAGUCAGGAUGAGAUAGCUGCAUCAGCCUAUCAGGCAGUGGCCCUGGAUCAACAAUAUGGUGGGGAACCAGUCCAGGUCCGAGUACAAAUGGGGAAGGAACCUUCACACCUGAUGGCCAUAUUCAGGGGCAAAAUGGUGGUGUAUGAGGGUGGCACCUCUCGUGUGGAUUCGACAGAGAUCCCUCCUGAAAUCAGGUUGUUCCAUGUAUAUGGAACUAAUGAAUACAACACCAAGGCAUUUGAGGUUCCAGUUCGUGCCUCUGCUCUCAAUUCUAAUGAUGUUUUUGUGCUGAAGACAAAAGGGACAUGCUACCUGUGGUGUGGAAAGGGUUGCAAUGGAGAUGAGCGCGUUAUGGCUAAAUCUGUGGCUGAUAUUAUCUCCAAAGGAGAGAAGGUGGUAGUGGCUGAGGGGCAGGAGCCAGCCGAAUUCUGGCUUGCUCUUGGAGGGAAAAGUCAGUAUGCCACCAUCCUCAAUAAACAGCAAGAACAAGUUGUUGAAAUCGUCCCUCGUUUGUUUGAAUGUUCCAAUAAAACCGGAACAUUCCGAGCAACGGAAGUAACUGAUUUCACCCAAGACGACCUGGCAGAGGAUGAUAUCUUCUUACUGGAUACUUGGGAUCAGGUAUUCUUCUGGGUUGGGAAAGACGCUAACGAUACGGAAAAGAGUGAAGCAGCAAUCACGGCACAAGAGUAUCUGAAGACGCACCCUGGUAGUCGUGACAUUAACACACCCAUCAUUAUAGUGAAACAAGGUUUUGAGCCUCCAACAUUCACAGGCUGGUUCCUUGCUUGGGAUCCCUUUAAGUGGGAGAACAGCAAAUCGUAUGAAACUCUAAAGGCGGAACUGGGAGACAUCAACAACAUUGAAGGGAUCACAUUCGAAUUGAACAAUACUGGAUUAGACUCUUUUACAUCUCAAACAAAAUUUGUGACUCCAGGAUUUCAGACUUUCCCAGCUGAUGCACUCCUCAAUAAAACCACAGAUGAUCUGCCACCUGGUGUGGACCCCAGCAGAAAAGAGGAGUACCUCUCCACCGAGGAUUUUAGUUCUAUUUUUGGGAUGAGCCGCAUGGAUUUCCAGAGUUUGCCAGAAUGGAAGAAGCAAACAAUCAAGAAAGCAAAAGGACUCUUCUGAUCUGUUCUUUCCCCCAUCCUUUUGUUUUAAUACUCCCAAUUUAAGAUAUUUCCCUGAAAAUCCUUUCAAGCCUUACCAGAGCUAUUGCAUCACUCACAGCGAGGAUACAUGUCUGGAGCACAGACUGUGGUAUUCCUUCAUGCCAUUGGCUGGUUAAGCAUGAUGUGAGCUGCUGACCACAGCAGUGGGAGUGCCAGAGGUUUGCUACCUAAUGAAAACUGUGCUUCUUAUCUUUAAACUUUAAAACCAGAGCAUUACUCUGAAGAGAGAAAAAAAAAAAAAAAAAGAAUGAAUACAUCAUUGUUGUAAAAUAAAAAUGUUUCC